GUUCAUACGUAUGAUCAUUCGCAUUACCCCGGUCUAGAACUGUCUCGUCUAUCUUGAAAGUGAAGCUCUUUGAUCGAACUGGCGGAUUGAGCAAACAGCGCCAGAAUGUACUGCCGUAUAGUGGACUAUUUCCUUGCUUACACCCAGACAUACCUCUCGGUCGAAUGCAAUCAAGAUGGCGGAAAAGAAGAAUACCAAGAAGGCCAAUACGGCCGCAGACGAUCCUAUCAUGAACCUGCGAUUCAUGAUCUGCCCACGACAUGAUAGCGAGCCACCUGAAGGGGACCCCAAGAUUGUAGAAUUCCGCAUACCGGCAAGGCUGGAUUUCAGGAAGACCGCCAUCGCCAGUGUAAGCCAUAUUCCACCAGUGAACAGAUCAGGCUGACCACUUCUUGCAGCAACUCUCGUCACAGGUCGUGCCACUUCUCAGGCACACCUUUGGAGCAGAUGUGAGGGAGCUUGUCGAGUGCAUCGCGCACUAUGAUACCGAGCCAUGUGGCCAUGCCACCCUGCGCCAGGUCAAGGGCUUGACCGAAGGUAGCAGUACCGAGUCGACGACGAAAACGGUCAUGCUGCACCUGGAACACCGCAGCGCUGUCCGAGAGACGUCAAAAGGGGGCGGUCGUGUAAGAGAGACUGUACAAUCCGGGUGUGCUGAGUCGAGUCGCGUUCGAACCAACACAGACCUCUCCGAGAAAGGAAACGCCAGGCCGCCAGACCAAAAGACUGAAAAGGUUGCGAAUGUUGUUGGAACAGGAGAUGCUUCCGCAAAGGUCGAGAGAGGGCGUGGGAUGUCUCUCAAAGGACUUGAAGGCCCAAGCGCAGCAGUCUCACGUGAUUGUAAACCCCGUGACUUGGAAAACAUCAGCGACCGCAGUAGAACAGAAUCGAUUGAGAGCAGCCCGCAUACACCUGACCAGCACAACAACAUGGCCACCCACAAUCCUGAUGUGGACGUGAUCAUCACGUUCACUCAGCGAACGUGGGCAAACAAGGCCGACCCGCUGAAGAACGGCGCCUCCGCGACCACCCCCUGGCCAAGGGCACGAUUCGCCUGCCCGUCCGCCCUCGCAAUUUCGAGGCUGCACGAGAGAUGCCGAGAGGAGCUGGAGCACAGGGUCAGAGAAGAUUCGAACUGGGAUAGCGCUCUGGACCAGCGAUUGCUGGAAAUUGCCUUCCUGGCCUCGAUUCCGGCACCAGACACUCCCAAGGUCCACGUCAGACUCGGAGACAGCAGACUCAAUGUCUCGGUUGUGGGAGAUCUCUUCCCAAACCCCCUGGCCAAGAACACGCUGGAGGUGUACCUGGUCUUCGCUCCAAGGAGCCGCAAGGUGGCCGUUCCGGAGGAUGAUCUGCUGAUGUGGGAGCCGCACGUAGCCCAAGUUUACGAGAACAUUCGAGUCGGUUCAACAGUUGAUCGAGUCCCACCAAGCGACGAGCCCAAAGGCAGCAAGCAGGCUGCUGGUAUGAAGCAAAUUGCCGCCAUUAGGCCACUCCUUGCCUGGAUAUCUCCGGGCUACAGCCCGAGUCUGUUCAGUGUUUCCGCAUACGAGUUUGAUGGGUACUGCAUUGGACAGAGCUGCAGCGAUAGCCUGUAUUGGGAGGAAGAUUACACAAACCAUGAAUUCGCGUCGCGCCAUGAGUUGAUCGAGCCAUUUGCUGGUAUCUCCAACCUGGACGCAUUGGCAAAGGCCAUUGCGACGUACAGGAGACUGCAAUCGCCCAUGAUCGUGGGGUCGGGCAUGCCCUUCCUACCCUCCUAUUGCUUCAACAAUUUGGACGAAAACAACGAGACGCAACAAGACUUUGGCCUCAACGGUGCCCGCCCAGAAGACAGCAUAUAUGCUGCCGUGCGUUGCGUCAACCACGUGAAGGCACCAAAGGGAUCCGGAUUCACAGGACCAGAAUUCAUAUGGUUCCCGGACAUCGUUCUUUCAAUCUCAGCUACCAAGGGGGGAAAGACGGUAUGCAAGCGAGUCAUGGAUAUCUUGAGAGCUUCCGAAGUGCGGACAAAGGUAGGCGAGCAGAAUCAGAAGAAUCUUCUCUCGUCCUCGGCGCUGUGGAAGCAACCUCUAUCAGACACUUGGAGCGUGCAAAUCUGGGUGUCCCCACAGAGUCCCGGCAGAAAAAAUGAGGACCGGAAGAUGUAUUGCCUGACGCGUCAUGCCGAGGAGACGCAAACCCCGCUAUGGCAAUUUCUCAACGCAGAUGCAUGGAAG